CCUUAGUGUCUUCUCAGCUGGGGAUUCAACACAGGAAAAACAGCCAUUCACUUUGCCUGAGCCCCAGUCUGAACCUGACCCAGCAUUGCUGGGCACCGGAGUCAGAACACAAUUCCAGCUGCCUUGGCUCCUCAGCUGCUCGCUUGCCAGGGGCUCUCCCGAACGGAGCGCAGCCCUGAUGGAAUGGAUGAAAACUAGAGUUGGGGCCCUGGGUCUGUGGGUCCGGCUGCUGCUGGCUGUCUUUCUGCUGGGGGUCUACCAAGCAUACCCCAUCCCUGACUCCAGCCCCCUCCUCCAGUUUGGGGGCCAAGUCCGGCAGAGGUACCUCUACACAGAUGACGACCAGGACACUGAAGCCCACCUGGAGAUCAGGGAGGAUGGAACAGUGGUAGGUGCAGCACACCGCAGUCCAGAAAGUCUCCUGGAGCUCAAAGCCUUGAAGCCAGGGGUCAUUCAAAUCCUGGGUGUCAAAGCCUCUAGGUUUCUUUGCCAACAGCCAGAUGGAGCUCUCUAUGGAUCGCCUCACUUUGAUCCUGAGGCCUGCAGCUUCAGAGAACUGCUGCUGGAGGACGGAUACAAUGUGUACCAGUCUGAAGCCCAUGGCCUGCCCCUGCGUCUGCCCCAGAAGGACUCCCCAAACCAGAAUCCAACAUCCUGGGGACCUGUGCGCUUCCUGCCCAUGCCAGGCCUGCUCCACGAGCCCCAAGACCAAGCAGGAUUCCUGCCCCCAGAGCCCCCAGAUGUGGGCUCCUCUGACCCCCUGAGCAUGGUAGAGCCUUUACAGGGCCGAAGCCCCAGCUAUACAUCCUGACUCUUCCUGAAUCUAGGGCUGUUUCUUUUUGGGUUUCCACUUAUUUAUUAUGGGUAUUUAUCUUAUUUAUUUAUUUUAAUUUUUUUCUUACUUGGAAUAAUAAAGAGUCUGAAAGAAAAA